AUGCGUAAGCAAAGUGUCAGUCAACUGCAACAAUUGAUAGCCGACUCUGGUGUUGCUACUGCUACUAGCCUUCCGUUCUUCAGUCAAGAUCAGUUUCGUGCGAUGGUUAGCGGUUCUGUGGACGGUGUACCGUUAUCUGAAUCCCGUGAAUCCAGUCGGCAUUACCAUACAAUGGGUUCUGAAUACUCUCGAUCCAAUUCCGCCAGACUACCGCCGGGGGAGACUGGCGAGAUAUCUUCAUUUGUAAUUCAAACCACAGGACGUCCACCAAAGCUUCCGUUUCAGCCCAAUUGGCUUUACGAGCGCCCUACUCUUUGGGAUGAUUUUUUACCACCUAAGAAACCGGAGUUAAAGGUCAGUUUAUUCUCGUUUUGUCAAAAGUAA